AUGCCUGAACCAGCCAAGUCAGCUCCCGCUCCUAAGAAGGGCUCCAAGAAGGCGGUGACCAAGGCUCAAAAGAAGGAUGGCAAGAAGCGCAAGCGUAGCCGUAAAGAAAGCUAUUCCGUGUACGUGUACAAGGUCCUGAAGCAGGUACAUCCGGACACCGGCAUCUCGUCCAAGGCUAUGGGUAUCAUGAACUCCUUCGUCAACGACAUCUUCGAGCGCAUCGCGGGCGAGGCGUCGCGCCUGGCGCAUUACAAUAAGCGAUCGACCAUCACGUCUAGGGAGAUCCAGACAGCCGUACGCCUGCUGCUACCCGGGGAGCUGGCCAAGCACGCUGUGUCCGAGGGGACCAAGGCCGUCACCAAAUAUACGAGCUCCAAGUAA